CUUCAUCUCCGUGCAGUAUAAAUGGGAACAGAACAAGCCGGAGAGAGACAGAGAGAGAGCAAUCUAGGGUUUGGACUUCUGAUCGUGGUUUUUGUGCGACAAUGGUGAACUUUGAUGAGUUCUGGUCGAAGAAGACGCUGAUCGGCCUUGGAUUAGGGCAGUUCGUAUCGCUUCUGAUCACUUCCACCGGUUUCACCUCGUCAGAGCUCUCCAGACGAGGGAUUGAUGCUCCGACGUCGCAGUCGUUGUUCAAUUAUGUAUUAUUGGCGAUAGUCUAUGGGGGUUACAUGAUCCACCGGAAGAGGCCGCUCCAGAUGAAAUGGUAUUACUAUCUAUUACUAGGAUUUCUUGAUGUGGAAGCCAAUUUUCUUGUGGUGAAGGCUUAUCAAUACACUGCUUUGACAAGUGUCAUGCUUCUGGAUUGUUGGGCAAUUCCAUGUGUCAUAUUCCUUACGUGGAUGUUCUUGAAGACAAAAUACAGAUUAAGGAAGUUUGCUGGUGUAUUUAUUUGUGUUGCUGGACUUGUCCUAGUCGUAUUUUCUGAUGUGCAUGCAGCUGAUAGAGAAGGAGGAAGCAGCCCUGUAAAAGGAGAUAUGCUAGUAAUUGCUGGUUCCACACUUUAUGCAAUUAGUAAUGUUAGCGAGGAGUUUCUUGUGAAGAAUGGGGACAGAAUUGAGCUGAUGGGAAUGCUCGGUGCUUUUGGAGCUAUAGUGAGUGCUUGUCAAAUAAGCAUAUUUGAACGAAAUGAGCUUAAAUCUAUCCACUGGACAGCUAGUGCGGUGCUACCAUUUGUUGGAUUUGCAUUGGCAAUGUUUAUGUUUUACUCUACUGUCCCAAUCUUACUAAAGAUGAGUGGCUCGACAAUGCUAAACCUUUCACUGCUAACCUCAGACAUGUGGGCAGUUCUCAUCCGGAUAUUUGCUUAUCAUGAAAAGGUUGAUUGGAUGUAUUUCAUAGCUUUUGCAGCUGUUGCAGUUGGGCUUGUAGUCUAUUCAGGAUACUCAGAAGAUGAUGAAAUGCGAGCCCAGGUUGUUGGGGCUGGUGACACACAGGGAACGAAGAGGGAUGAAGAGGCUGCAAUGGAUCAUUUGGAUCAAGAAUCUACCCCGUGUGGGGGCUCAAGGGUUGUAGAUGUAGGGAAGGGUCCAUACUACUCUCUUGUCAGUGGGGAGCACUGAAAAGCAGCAAAACUGUCUUCGAUGAUGAAUCAAGAAGAAAGAUAUCUGGCAGUUCCCUUAAAACUGUUUCAGCAGAUUUUGCAGUUGUUGCACAUGCUACCGCAAAAAUUCUAUGUUCCAUGAGUGUCUUAUCAUCUUGUCAGCCAUUGUAGGCGCUGUCCUCCAAAUAUAUUGAUGAAUUUUCUUAUUAUUCAUAAAUUUGUUAUUGGCUUCAUAGGUUUUCAAUUUGUUCCCAAAUAAUUAUCAUUCACAGAUUGUUUAAUCUGGCCAUGUAUCUAAUUAUUCAUGAAUUGUUAAUGAAAUAUGUAUCAAUCAUUGAUUGCACGAUGCUGGGCCUUGUUGCUCCACUUGUCUG